CCACAGGUACAGUGACAGCUUUAGUUUUUGUUUAGAGAAAUUCAGACCAUGAUCCUUUCAUGAUUAAUGGGGAUCAUUCCUUGCCCUAUGUAGGUAAUUCAGGCCCCAGGAAGCUGUAACUGGCUGAAUGGAUCUCCUCACCCACCCGAACAAUGUGACUACGUUUGUUCUCUUGGGACUCACACAGAAUCCACACUUACAGAAGAUACUCAUCAUUGUCUUUUUGUUCAGUUUUGUAUUUACCCUGCUGGCCAACCUGCUCAUGGUCAUCACCAUCUCCCUCAGCCCUUCGCUUUCAGCCCCCAUGUACUUCUUCCUCACUUACUUGUCCUUCAUAGAUGCCUCCUUCACCUCUGUCACAGCUCCUAAAAUGCUCAUUGACCUGCUGCAUCAGAGGAAAACCAUCUCCUGGGGCGGCUGCCUGGCUCAGCUCUUUGUGGAACACUUCCUGGCUGCAUCAGAGGGCAUCGUCCUUGUUGCAAUGGCCUAUGACAGCUACGUGGCCAUCUGCAAGCCUCUGCACUACACAACCAUCAUGCAACAGGGGCUCUGCCAGUUCCUGAUGGUGGUGGCCUGGACUGGGGGGAUUGUGCAUGCCACUGUGAAGAUUCUUUUUGCAGAUGACUUGACCUUCUGUGGUCCCAAUGUCAUUGACCACUUCAUGUGUGAUUUCUUCUCACUAUUGAAACUUUCCUGCAGUGACACCUACAGGCCUGGAGUGGUGGUGGCAGCGAACAGUGGGGGCAUGUGCUUACUCAUCUUUUUCACGCUGCUCAUCUCCUACAUAGUCGUCCUGAGCUCCCUGAGAUCCCGUGGUGCUGAAGGACGGCGCAAAGCCCUCUCUACAUGUGGCUCCCACCUUACAGUAGUGGUGCUCUAUUUUGUGCCUUGUAUUUUCACCUACACGCGUCCUGUGGCCACGUAUCCUGCAGACAAGUUGGUGAGUGUGUUCUACUCAGUCCUCACUCCCAUGUUAAAUCCUAUCAUUUACACAGUGAGAAACACAGAGGUGAAAAACGCCAUGAGGAGUUUGUUGAUGAGGAGAGUUAGGCUGUUCAUGAUGUCAAGAAACUGA